GGAGGACACAGCUGCAGGUCAAAGGUCAGAGCUCAUCCUACCUGUCCACCUGUGAGCUGUGACUAACCCUACCCGUCUGACAGGAAGUGGUCAUCAUGGUGGGCUUGGUGGCGUGCGGCUCAGUGAGCUCCAUCAAAGCUCUGUGGGAGACGAGGAUCAACAAGAUAAAACAGGAGAAGGAAGAUCAGAGGAGCAGGACGGCAAGGGGCGGGGCUACAGGCAGGCUGGGUGUCGGGGUCUGGGAGGACCGGGCGGUUCUGGCUCGGCUCAAACAGAAGCUGCAGACUGAAGACGGGCGCCUGAUCCUCCGACUGGAACAUGAGGACUGGAAGGUGUUGCCUGGCUGUCUGGUCCAACUCAGCCAGGUUCAGGAGUGGCAGAUCCACCGGACUGGACUCCAGAAGAUCCCUCACUUCAUCUCAAGCUUCCAGAACCUUCUGGUUUUAGACCUGUCCCGGAACGGCGUCACUGAGAUCCCCCCACAGAUUGGGAGUCUGACCCGGCUCAGGGAGCUCCUGCUGAGCUACAACAGAGUGGGCUUUGUUCCUGUGGAGCUGAGCGGCUGUGAGAGUCUGGAGAGACUGGAGCUGGCCAUGAACCGAGACCUGAACCAGCUACCUGACCAGCUGAUGCGCCUGAAGAACCUGCAUCACCUGGACCUGUCCAUGAAUGACUUCACCUGCGUACCGGACUGCGUGGUCUCUCUGCCCGCACUCGAGUGGCUCGACAUGGGAGGAAACCAGCUGGAGCACUUACCUGAAGACAUAGACAGGAUGGAGAAGCUGCACACGCUGUGGCUGCAGAGGAACCGACUCGAGAGACUCCCCGACGGCAUCAGCAGGAUGACUCGACUCGACACUCUAGUCCUCAGCAGCAACCAACUCAGAGACAUCCCUCCUCUGAUGGAGGACAUGUCCAACCUCAGGUUUGUGAAUUUUCGGGACAACCCUCUGACUCUGGACGUGACGCUGCCAUGUCGGGCGGUGAAGCAUGAGGACGAGGAGGACGAUGAAGAAGACGACAGAGAAAUGUUUGGACGAGAGUUCAUGCUGAUGUACAUCCGGGAGUCCAGGAAGCGAGCGUACGCCAUGCUCAAUAUGCACUGUGUCAACCGUUAGUAUCAGAAACUGUGCACUGUAAAACACUGUGUGCGCUGUAAAACACUUCCCCUCUGUAACUGUGUGCGCUGUAAAACA